AUGGUGAAGAAGAUAAGGCAAAACGAAGAAGAAAUCCGAAAAAUAGCGUUGAACAAUGGCAACUUAAAUCGAAAACGAAAACGCGAAAGCCCUAAUGAAGAAAUCGGCGAAGCGCUUAUUGCUUGGUUCCAUCAAAUGAGAGCUCAAAAUGCCACGAUCAACGGACCGUUAAUGUUAGAAAAAGCCAAGCAGCUUUCGAUCACGCUCGGGCAUCAAGAUUUUGAGCCGUCACACGGUUGGUUAGAACGAUUGAAAUCGCGUGACAACAUCAAAUUUAUCAAGGUUUCGGAUGAACGAGCCGCCGCUGAUCAAGCUGGCGCGGAAAAUUGGAUUAAUAAUGUCUUACCCGUAGUGAUCGAAGACUAUGAUCUGAACGAUGUUUUCAAUGCGGAUGAAACCGGAUUGUACUACAAAGCUGCACCAUCGGGUACUCUCGCUGUCGCCGGCAGUCAUCCUACUGGUGGCAAAACACCGAAAGAUCGAGUAACUGUACCUUUUUUUGUGCAAUUCUACGGGAACCGAAAAGAAGGCAUACGCAAUUGA